AGACCCGUUUAACGAGACUGACAGUUUUUUUUUUUUUUUUGAAGAUGAGUGUAGGUAUUCCCACUCAACCUCAUUCCUCCACCGAAUCCAUCUCCAGUGCGCAUGGGACGCACAGCUUGGACUGGCUUUUGUUACUUUAAUGGGCCACAUGUAGAGAAGCUGAUGAAUAAAGUCGCUGGAGUUAUUAACAUCUUCACUAAGAAGGCUUUUGUCGUUUCGGUGGAUAAAUAAACACGCAAUGGAUCAGGAGGAAACAAUGGACUUCAAGGCCCUGAGGGCCAAGUUUCAGGAGGAAGAACUCCUCCUGAAGCAACCUAAGACCAAACCUGUUCUCCUGGACAAACCAAAGUUUGUCCCACCUCCCCCACAGAGCCCCCCACACUACCUCCCUGCUGGAGCACGCACCUCCCUGCUCACCGCCAUCAACCAGAACCUGGAAGCAAAGACAACGGGGGCCCCCAGAGUGGUCUUCAAGGAGGACAAGAAAAACCCUCUCAUCCAGAUGAAUUCCAAGGGAAAGGACCAGAGUGAAGGAAAGCAGAAAAAAGUGAAAGACAAGGCAACCAAAGGAAGCAAAGAGAAGCUUGAGGACUGUUCCGCAGAUCAGAAGAAAGAGAAGAGGCUCUCUGUGCUCCCCGGAGCACUUAAGGACAGCACUGCAGAGCUGGUGCCAGCCACGCCGCCUCCCAAAGCCACGACACUGAAGAAGAAGGGCUUCCUGGGUUUCAUGAAAGCAUCAAAAAGAGAUUCAGUUCAGCUCCCAGCAGAUCCCAUCCUAGACACCCCCAGCUCAGACGAUCCUGGACCUGCUCCACUUAUCCCAGUACCUUCAGAAUUUGGUGAUGGACCAUCAGCGACCGAAAUUGCCCAACCAAAGGCCCUUCUACCAACGGCCCCUCAACCAAAGGCCCUUCUACCAAACAUUCCCACCUUUCCUGACUCGAAUGCUACAGUGGAAAUUACCCCACCCUCCACUAUCCCGGCCUCUCUGGACUUCAGCCCACCUCCUGCCUUUAUUCCUGAUAUCCCGGCUCUCAAAGUUCCAACCCGGGAGAGGACAACUCCACUUGAAUUAGAAGCUCCCGCUCUGGCCUUUUCCAGGCCCGCCAGCCAAAAUGAAACCAUUCCCAAUCCACCCAGCGCUCCCCCGACCCCUCCACCCGGGCGUGCCCUCUCUGCUUCUCCUCCAGCGACCUCCAAUCCCUCUCCAUCACCUCCUGAGCCUGGGAUUUCAGCUGAGGCUGGUAUAGAGGCUGGAGAUAUCGCUGCAGUGGCGACGCCGCCUCCUCCUCCAGUAGAAGACCCUGCAUCCAUUUCCCCGUCUCCCAAAGCUGAGCGCCCCAUCUCGGCACUCUCCGCCCUCUCCAGGGCGGAGGACAUGGGCCCAGUGAAAAGGAUGUCUGCGUGUGACCUGAGGAUCUUCAAUGCUCUGGAGAAGGCCCGCAGGAAGAACAACCCGCCGACAAAUCCCACCCCGUCCUACUCCAUCACCCCACCUCCCAAAGAGCUUCCCCCGAGUCCCACCGACUCUCUCCCAGACCUCCCCCUCAUUGAUUAUAGGGGGAAGGCCCUCCCACCGAAACCAGUCAACGGCCUUGACCACGUGUUGACAGGUGUCACUGAGGAGGGGUCCGAGGCUUUGCCAGAGCUGUUGGUGGUUCCACCUCCCCCCCCUAAGAAGGUCCCCUCAAGCCUUCCGUCUCUGGAUCCUGCUCCCAAGAAGCCCGUCAGACCUCCAUCUGUCAGCCUGGGUGCAUUCAUCCCUCCUCCUCUUCUGGAAGCUAAUGAGAUCCUUGAUCCUCCUGAAUUCUCAGAGACAGACACCACAAACGUCCAAGAGUUUGACGAUGUCGACGAUGCCUAUUCCCCCGAGCUGCAGGGGUCAUACUGGGGGAACACCGGUCCAGAUACCCCAGAUGGACGGAACCUGCCAGAGUUUUACGGUAACGGGCUGACUCCCACAGGAGCCGAGGUCCAUGCAGCACCAGCGUAUGGGGACGAAUACCAAGAUAACCCACAACCUGAAUCCUCGCUCCCUCUCUCUCAGGAAUCUCCAUCACAGGCGGGGCUCCAAGCUGUGGUCGCCAACGGUGUCUACGAGAGCACAGACAACCUCUAUGAGGACAUCCGCUCGUCCGCCACCAAAAAGAAAACGAAGACGGACGGUGGCAAGAAACGCAAAGGACAGCCAAAGAAUCCAUAUGGCGAGCAGGAACAGGAAACAAAUGAAGAGAAAAGCAAGCUGGGCCGGCCUGGCAAGUCCGAAAAGAAACCGGCUGCAGACGGGCCGGAUGAGAAAGAGCUGAAAAAGAAAGAGAAGCAGCGUCUGGAAAAGGAGAAGAAGGAGCUAAAGGAGAAACAAGAGCGGGAAAAGAAAGAGCAGAAAGAGAGGCAAAAGAAGGAUAAUGAUAUGAAGAAGAAAUUCAAAAUCACAGGACAGGAGGAGGCCAUGUACCAGGCAAAAGCAACUGUGACGACCAAGGGACGGAAGAACGAUCUGCCCCUCAACAGCGGAGACGUCCUCAGCAUCAUCCGAACGGACAACUGUCCCAAAGGGAAAUGGCUGGCCAAGGACAGCGGCAACAACUAUGGAUAUAUCGCUGUGGAUCAUGUGGAGUUGGACAUCCAGGAGAUGUUGGAGCUGGGAAAGAAGGCUGCAAUCACUCGCAAGAGCAGCAGCAACAACGUUAUCGAAGAGGAGGUUCCCAGCACGGGGCUCUCAAACCGAUAUUCAGCCUCAGCAGAAAGUUUCUCAGAUGACAGCGAGGAGUGGACCGCCGACGAUGACGAACCCACGUCUCCUACCUUUGAAACGGCAGACCCGCUGGCUCCAGUGGGCCACACCAGGACCCUCUCGAUGCCAGACAUGGGAAACAAAAUCCUUAGUGUAAACCACCAGCACAGUCAAAGUGACCUCAUCGCAGAUGGCACCCAUGCCCAAGCAAGACAUGAAGCGCUUCAAAAGUUGACCACGUUUUUCCAUUCACCAAAACCUGUUGAGCCAGUUGCCAGCAGCGCUGAACCGGAGACAAGUGCUGUGCUUGUAAAGGAGAAAGCAGUUCCCUUGUCCGAAUCUAGUUUAACACAGGAAAUGGAUUUUGAUCAAACUGAUAUGCUCAUUUUACCACCUCCUGACCUGUAUGCUUGACCAACUGCUGAGAAAUGAUCAUAAAACAAGGACAAAAAGCAGCCAGGCAGAGGAAACAGGAUUUGCCUGCUGUUGUUAUUCUUCACACUGUGACCCGUGUCCGUCACCGAAUACUGUGACAGUCACUUCAUCUUCAUGACUUAUUUACCUGGGGACUGCAUUUUUGGAUCAGUAUGAUGAUGUAGAAGAGCAAGAUAAGGAGAUAUGGCGACGAGCGUUACACCAUCCCAGCUCUCAGAACUCUUUGUGCACCUUUUUUUUUUUUUUUUGAACCACUCGCUGUGAAACCAGAGAGGGACAGUUUGCCCGGUGGCUCUGAGUGACUUUGAAACUGCUGAUCCCAGGAAAGAGCUUACAAACUGUUGCAGACACACACACCCUGGAGGCUCUUGUAGGGAAAAUUACACACUUCAUGUGUGAAUACCAGAAAUCGUUUUUUUUGGCGGUGGAAAUAAGGGGAGGACAAUGGAAAAUGUUGAUUUCUUUUUGUUUUCUUCUCAGGUUGAGACACCAUCCUGAGAAAAUACACAGCGGACACAGGCAGUGUAAAUCAGGGGGAAUUGUACACUUAAUUGUACAUUAUACACUUGUUACCAGUUUACAGUGUAUGGCAAAUAGAAAUAUAGCUGACAAACUGACAAAUGAACAAAGGCUUCAUAGACUUUUAGGUCAGGUCAUCAGCAAUAAUUAAAUAUCUGUGUUUUCAGCUCUACUCCACAUGUGAUGUGAUCUAUUUUCAUUAAUUUCAUACUGCAUGCACAUUUUUAGGACUCUGAUUACCAUUCAACAUUUACAUGAUAUUGGUAAUUUUUUUUUUUUUUUUAAGUUUGGGUUACUGGGGUUACCCUCAUUAUUUAGUUAAAGAUCAUUACAGAUUAUGGAAGUGCUUAUGAAAUUACUGACUUAGUACUGGAUUUAAAUGCUGACAUAUGAGGUAUAGUUAGGAUCUUUAUAAACAACAUAGAGCUUGAUAUAAAAUAUACAACUUUAAGAAUUCUAGUACCAGGUGCUAAGUGUCUUUCUUUUAUUUGCCAGAUGUCACUUUUAUGUCCCUUAUUUUUUCUAUGACUUUCCUCAAGCGGAUGAAUAAGUGUUACAGAAAGGUGGAAUGAUCACCUGAGGUCAUUUUCAAUGUAAAGUAUUGUUGACAUCUGAGGGGGCUUUUUGUCUGGAUAGAAAAACACAAAACUAAUCCUCAGUGAUGGGUGUUUGUGUGUGCAUUGACAAAGCCUUUAGGACCAAAAAAAAAACAAAACAAAAACAAAAAAAAGUUUCCUUUUUUUAUGUUUUGUUUAUUGUUUUUCAAUAAAUACUCAUUAAAGUGCAAAUCAUAACAGCA